GCAGUAGGCUGGGGACACAAUCCGUUAUAUUCCAUUAUACAAACAGGGAGACUUUACCAGCACAGCUGCUUCUUACAGGAACACAGGGAGACCAUUUAAACUGCAACUUCAGAGUCUUCAUCAUGGUAUUCCAGAGUCACAGCUUGCUGCAGGAUCAAUGCUCCGACUAACACAAUAGGGUGCCCCAUUACCUGGGUCACCAGCUUGCAACACUUAUCUGUGGAAUUAAAGUUCUGUGUUACUCAGACUGUGUUGCAUGUGCAGAGGGACAGGUAUUGAACCGUUAGUUUUGUAUGAUGGGCUGAGAAGGACACAAUGAUUCCCAGGAUGCUUGGCAUGGGGGCACCUAGAUGCCCAUGGACUCUGCUCUUGUUUCUGUCCCUGGUACCCUGGACUCAGAGUUGCCCAGUGCUAAUCCAUAGCUGCAAAUGUGUAGGGGAAAGGUCCAAACCUGGCGUAGGCUCUGCCAGUACCCCCAGGAAGAAGGUGGUAUGUACAAAUGAGGAUUUGCUGGAGGUACCAGACCCUGCUCUCCUACCCAACAAGACUGCAACUCUAAUUCUGAGCCACAACAAGAUAACGAUAUUGAAAACUGGCUCUUUCUAUGGACUUCAUGACCUUGAAAAACUAGACCUGAAGAACAACCUGAUCAGUCGCAUGGAGCCAGGAGCUUUCUUGGGGUUAACAGAAUUGAAGCGAUUGGACAUCUCAAACAACAGGAUUGGUUGUGUGGACUCUGCUUCUUUCAAGGGAUUGAGCAGUCUGUCAAGACUCAUCUUGUCAGGAAACAUCUUCUCCAGCUUAAACUCAGGAGUGUUUGAUGAACUUCCCUCUCUCAAGCUUGUGGAUUUUUCUUCAGAAUUCCUGACCUGUGACUGCCACUUGCGCUGGGUACCAUCUUGGACAAAGAAUGGUUCAGCACAGAUCUCUGACAGGACCAUGUGCGUUUUUCCGAGCUCCCUGAGAGACUGGCCUCUGAGGAACUUGAAAGAAAACCAGCUGACUUGUGAGAGGAUUCCGGAGCUUCACACCCACCAGCUCAUCCCAUCAUUGCGCCAAGUUGUGUUCCAAGGUGACCGUCUUCCCAUCCAGUGUACAGCGAGUUACUUGGGUAAUAACACUCAAAUCAUUUGGUUCCACAAUGGCCGACCAGUGGAGGAGGAUGAGGAAAUGGGCAUUAUUCUUGAGAAGACUAUCAUCCAUGACUGCACUUUUAUUACCAGUGAGCUCAUCCUGUCUAACAUCUUGGUGUCGGCAAAUGGCGAGUGGGAGUGUAACGUCCUCACUGAGCAUGGCAAUAUCAGCAAAAAGGUGGAACUGGUGGUACUGGAGACAUCUGCAUCCUACUGUCCUGCUGAACGGGUCUCAAACAACAGAGGAGAAUUCAGGUGGCCACGGACACUGGCGGGCAUUACCUCAUAUCAGUCCUGCUUGCAGUUCCCGUUUACUUCAGUGUCACUGACUGCAGUAGGGCAGGAAAAUAAAGCCUUUCGCCGAUGUGAUCGUUCAGGUCAAUGGGAGGAGGGCGAUUAUUCUAACUGUCUUUACACUAACGACAUCACCCGGGUGCUAUACACCUUUGUGUUGACGCCUAUCAAUGCUUCUAAUGUACUGACUCUGGCUCACCAGCUGAGGAUGUACACUGCUGAGGCAGCCAAUUUUUCUGAUAUGAUGGAUGUCAUCUACGUAGCUCAGAUGAUGGAGAAGUUUGUUGGACUGGUGGACCAUGUGAGACAGUUGGCAGAUGUGAUGCUGAAAGUAGCCAGCAAUAUGAUGCAAGUAGAUGACCACAUCUUAUGGUUGGCUCAAGUAGAAGACAAGGCCUGCAGUAGUAUUGUUCAGACUGUUGAAAAGAUAGCUAGUAUGACCCUUAGCAGCAAUUCACAAGAUCUAUAUGUGAACACACGUAACAUUGCCCUGCAAGCCUACCUCAUCAAGCCAGACAGCUAUGUGGGUCUGAGCUGUACUGCCUUUCAGGCGAGACAUGAGUCACGCAGCGGCCAUAAACAAAAUAUGGACAGGAAAGUACAGGAGUCAGAUUCUCAUGCUGACCAGCAUCUGAAAUUCCACUGUACCACAGGAAGAACCAACAUCUCCCUGUCCAACUUUCAUGUUAAGAACAGCCUUGCUCUAGCUUCCGUUCAUCUGCCUCCAAGCCUCUUUGCCUUCUCCUCCUCACCAAGCUGCAAGUUGCAGGUUCUAGCUUUUAAGAAUGGGAAGUUGUUCAGGAGUGUAGGAAACUCUUCUAGACUCGCAGAAGAUGGCAAGAGGCGAAGCAUCUCCACUCCUGUCAUAUACGUAGGAACAAGGGGAUGUGGCAUCAGUAAUCUCACUGAUCCAGUCAUAGUUACACUCCGGCACCUGGUGAAGGGAUCUGACCCUCUUCCUGCCCAGUGGAACUUCAAAGCUUUGGAGGGAUAUGGAGGAUGGAAUUCGGAAGGAUGCCAGCUUCUGUCCCAGGAACCCAAUAUAACCAGCAUGCAGUGCCAUCAGCUUAGCAACUUUGCCAUUCUGACUGAACUGAGCACAUUCUACCAGAAUACACAGAAUGGCACUGAGGUUCUUCACCCUGUCAUCUACUCCUGCACUGCCAUUCUCCUCCUCUGUCUGUUCACCACAAUUAUCACUUACAUAGUCAAUCACAGCUCCAUCCAGAUCUCCCGGAAAGGCUGGCACAUGCAACUGAACCUUUGUUUCCACAUCGCAAUGACAUCAGCUGUGUUUGCAGGAGGAAUCAACUUGACUGGCUACCUCAUAGUCUGCCAAGUAGUCAGUAUCCUUCUGCAUUAUUCUUCUUUAUCCACCCUGCUAUGGAUGGGAUUGAAGGCCAGAGUCAUCUAUAAGGAACUGACCCACAAACCUCAGCCACCACAGGAAGGAGAAGCCACCCAGCCCCUGCACAGACCAAUGCUCAGGUUCUACUUGAUUGCUGGAGGAAUUCCUUUGAUUAUUUGUGGAAUCACAGCCGCUGUGAACAUCAACAACCAUAGGGAUAACAGCCCUGAUGGGUGUUUGGUGUGGAGACCAAGCCUUGGUGCUUUCUACGUUCCAGCUGCUCUUAUUCUUCUGGUCACUUGGAUUUACCUUCUGUGCGCUGGGAUGAACUUAAAGCGCCAACCUGCUGAACAUAAGGAUGUUCCAGAGCCCAGUGACCCACAGCAGCCUCUUAGUGGAAUCAGCCACCUUCUGAGUGACUCAAGUUCCAUAUCAGUUACUAUGAACUCUUCUAGUCCAAUGACAGAUGUGGAUACAGUUUACUCUCUGGAGGUGCAGUUCUGGGGUCUUGUAAUUGUGCAUGCCCUAUAUAUUGCACUGUGGGUGUUUGGAGCACUUGCUGUGUCACAGCAUUGGUAUUUCAAUAUCAUCUUCAGUUGCCUUUAUGGAGUAACAGCCGUUGCCUUGGGACUUUUCAUCUUCAUUCACCACUGUAUACGACGACAAGAUGUUCGGAACUCUUGGUUUUCGUGCUGUCCAUCUAACACAGAUGAUUUACCUAUGCAAGCAUAUGUCCACACAGCAUCACCAGUCGAUGACUCUCCACAAGUAUACAUUGGCUGUAACGCAGAGGUGGCAAACUCUGUUAAGUCAUCAUCUUCCCCAAGCAGCAGCAGUAAUUCUAACACUGGGCCCUGUAAAAUGACAAAUUUGCAGGUUGCCCAAAAUCAGGUAGAGAGCUGCACUACCAAACCAGCUAGCUGUGAAGAUAGUGAGCCAGUCAACAACAAAAAUGUGACUGUUCCCAGUAGAUAUAUGAACAACCUUCAUGGUCGAAGAAAUCAUAAGGGCAGAACUAAGCAGUACAGGGAAGGAAAGCACCAUCGGUUAAAAGUGCUACGGAGCCCUUCUUCUGACCAGCCUUCAAGUGAGAGUGGCAGCAUUCAGAACAGCCACUCAGAAAGCUACCACAGUAGGAGCAGUCCACUAAACAAUGGCCAGAAUGGGAUAGUAGCUCGUGACCCAGAAGGGGCACUGACCCAUUCUGAAGGAAGUGAUAGCAGUGGGCACCAUGCACAGGACUUUGCCAAAGCCCAGAAAAGAAGUGCCAGCCGAGACAAUCUGAAACAAGCAAACAGCAUGGAAAGGGAAAACAAACGUAGAUCAUACCCACUCAACAUGGCCAACCAGAAUGGUGUUCUAAAGGGUAGCAAGUAUGAUGUCAACAUUACAACUACAGAGAGUACUGCAGCCAUGAAAACAGGCCUCUGGAAGAGUGAAACUACUGUGUAGUUUGCAUCUAGCUGUCUAAACGUGCCAAAAUUGUCCUCUACGGAAGUGUGUCACAGACUCCUUAAUCACAGGAGAAAAAAAAAAGGUGCUUCAAAACUGUGAAGAAAUUUUACUUUGAGAUGGUUAAAGUUUGUAAGCAGAGAGCACACUUUCUGGUGUGUACUUGGAUAAGGGUAGAUUAUAAUAUGUUAAACUCUUCUUCAGACAUUGGAGUAUUUUGCAAGGAACAAUUGAUGUUUUACUAGUAAGCAUUCCCCCUAGUUGGCAUUAUAUUUUUUAACAUGCAUCUUCAGUGAUAUUGAUAUUACCUCAGCUACAAUUAGCUCAAAGUAAACACACAAUUUACUAAUCUACAAAUCACAUGACACAGGGAGUCUCAUUUCUUCAGUAAUAUUAAUAUUCUAUGCAAACCCCCUGGUGAACAAAAUAUAAAGCUCAAUUCCUCAUUAUACAUAGAUUUACCUUUGUUCCCUACAUCCAGUGGAUGAAACGAUCUCAAAAGACCAUCUCUUAUUGUUUUCUUUCUGCUAUUUUGUGCACUUUUACGUAUUCUCACACAAACAAGGCGUCUCUGGAUUUGUGCACUUAUUUAGACUUCAUGUCAUUUCCUUUGCACCUUUCUUCAAACUUAUUUUGCCAUUCCCAGUAUUAUUAAUAUUAAGCUAUUUCCAUGCAUGUUCUCAGAGAAAGUGCCUGGAUUAUGAUUGAAUCCUACAAUUGAGAAAGAUCCUAAAGCAGAUUGCCUGAACUAUAUAGAGAAGCUAAGGACAAACUGCAAUAAAUGUACAAAAAAAAAAAAAUCAUACUGGUACUGUUCAUGCUAAAAUUGCCAAAAAAAAAAAAGACAUUUGCCUGAAAAACAGCUUGUUUUGAAAGAGCUGGGCAAUUAAAAAAAACCCCAAGAACAAUGACAAUCAUUUUAUAGAUAUAAAGAUAUUUUUUAAAUCAUGUUGCAUGUUUAAUGUCUACACAGCUUGUUUUUUUAAAGUUGUUAUGAAAAAAAGAAAAUCAGAGGGAAAUGUUUAUUUUUCAAAUAUAGAAUUAUAUUGUAUAUGUAUAGGAAGAGCAGUAUUCGUUUUUGAUAAUUGUGUACUUUUCCAUAUCAGUAUUAAGAAUAAUGGCGUUUAUGCCAAAGCAUGAAAAGGCAAUCAUUUUUAAUCGCCUUUAACAACAAGCAUGUAUGCCAGUGUUGUAUAUGUAUGUUGGGCUCCCAGAUAAGGGUUAUCUACAAACUAUAUAUAUAAAAAUGUAAAAUAAGGUGAAUAUUUUCCUAUUAUUUAAAUGCUAUGACUUUCCUAGUUUAUUAAUAGCGAACACAGAUUGCCGUAUUUUUUUUUUUUUUAGACAAAAAAAAAUAGAAGAAUUGGGACCAUUGACCAGCUUAAUUCUUAAAAGAAUAAGUACAAGUUGUAUAGGUUUAUCCCAAUUCAUUAAAUGAAUUGUUUUUCAUGACAAUCAAGUCAAUAGCGUACUUUUACAAUGUGCCUUAAAAUGCUAAAAUAAAUAUUUUGAUACCAAUGACACAAUAUGCCAAAGAACCAGAGUUAAACUAGAGGACAUUAAAAUGUGUCUUAAAAAAAAUGUGCCAAAAAUUUGCAUUAUAUGUAUUCACAAAGCCUUUGGACAAACAUGAAUUCUGAUUUGCCAAGUAUUACGUUUGUGUGUCUAAUAUAAAUGGUGUGUGUUGUCUUUGUAGGAAACAAAUAUAUAUUUUACAUAUUGACAAAUAUGGUAUUCAAUACUCAGACCAACAAGAUCAGAUAUCUUUUUUUUAUACCAUCUUAUCUGCCAAGAUGCAUUUGAAAUUAACAUUUGGGAGUUAAUUUAGCUUUUGUAAUAAACCAUUAUCACACUGCUACAAGUGAUUAGAGAGGUGACAUAAUUUGGGCAUUUUAUGAUUAACAGUAACAUAUUAGAAUAUAAAACAGUCUUUAUCUAUGAUAAAAUGCUAACUAAUAACAGUGAUUUGCACAAAACUGGUAAUCAUGUGACUUUGCAGUAAAUUAAAGGGACAUUAAACACUAUGAGAUGGUGAUACAAAAAGAUAAAUUGUAUAGAGAAAACAAACUGCAAUAAGUUCAUUAUUUAUUUUGUCCCCCUUUCCUGUAAUUUUAUUCUGAAAUUGUGAGCAUUUCAGUUCCUGUUAAAAAUGGAAGUGCUGAACACUGUUAUAUUCCACACAGCCUUUGGCUGUGCACUCUAGUGACCUAUUUAUAACUGUCCCUAAUUGGCCACAGCAGAGAAAGUAACCUAAGUUACAACAUGGCAGCUUACAUUGUUUUACAGACACUAAAACUUUACACUUAUUUUGUUAAUAUUUAAACAACUAAUGAAACUUUAAAAAAUACAUCUACAUGUUAUUCUUAGACUAAUCUUUUCUUUGAAUGCAUCAUUCAAUCUAGCAUUUAUUUAGAGUUUAAAGGGACAGUAUACACUCAUUUUCAUAUAACUGCAUGUAAUAGACACUACUAUAAAGAAUAAGAUGCACAGAUACUAAUAUAAAAAUCCAGUAUAAAACUGUUAAAAACUUACUUAGAAGCUCUCAGUUUAGCUCUUUUGAAAAGGUAGUUGGAAAGCCCACUGCAAGUGGGAAAUAAGACACUCUCCCCCUUCUUUUGCCUAUGAAAAGACCCUUUACACAAGCAGGAGCAAGCUGGAGUAGGUAUACGUCAGUAUUCACAUAAAACUUUGGGGCUUGGUUAGGAGUCUGAAAAUCAGAGCAAUGUUAUUUAAAAAUAAGCAAAACUAUACAUUUAAGAAGAAAUAAACCUUUAUGGGCUAUAUAAAUAGAUCAUCUACAAAAUAUGUAUGCAAAGAAAACAUGAGUGUAUAAUGUCCAUUUAAUAGUACAGUAUUACUAAACAAACAGCUUAAGCAAGAUACCAAAUUAAUUUGAAUAUUUUUAAAACAAUGGUCACUUUUGACCAUAAAUAAUGCCUGUUACUAGAACCUAUUUUGGUUGAUAUUCUUGUAAUAAACUAUGUCACCUACUCUUUUUCCAAACUGGUUUGGUUAUUACAUUUCUGAACAAUAGAAAUAAACGUUUUAUAUGUAGAAUUAGAAAUUCCAGGAAAUGUAAUUUAAUGUAGUUGUAUAAAAGUAUUUCUGGUUGCAUAUGUACAGAAAAUUAACAGCUUACACAUUUUAUCCAAUUAAAAGCAAGUGUGGCUUAACCAUAUCUAAGAAUAAAGUAAAAUAAAAGCCAA